AUGGAGUGAAGAGCCCUUCUCUAGUCACACAGGAGUCCGAGUAUUUCCCAGAUAUCCCUAGUGGCUAGCUGGCUUCAGUCUGGGACUCAGUCCCUACAGUUCCUGCCAGGCCUUGCCAGCCGGGGCGAGGGUUGGGACACUCCUGGUGGCCUAUGCCUCUCUGGGCUGCCCCUCCCGCUGUGAACCCUGUAUUUGUCCCGCGAGUUUUGACUCAGGUAGACUCCCUGGGUACAAGGUUGCCUGCUCAGUAGUCGGGCACGAGCUGCUCCGAUGGGGGAAGGUGGUUGUCUAUCCCAUAGUUGGAGAGGGGCCUUCUCUGCCACAGUAGGCGAUGUGGGCUACGGCCAAGUUGCCAACAGCUAGCUCCGCUGAACUACUUCUGGCCCCGUGGGGGACUCAAGUCGCCAAGCGAGGGUUCCCCUGAGUGCCGGAGCUCACAGGUCUUGCCUUGUCCCGAAAGCCCCGCAAUCGAGGCGGAGGCGACCGAGCCCCCGACGCGCCUAGAACGUUGCCACAAGAAGGGGGAACGUCGGAACAGUGCAACACGGGGCGGCGGCCGAGGCCGCUGCAGGAGGGCGGGCGGGGGGCAGGGCUCCGGGGGACCGGGCGGGCCAUGGCGGAGGACGGCGAGGAGGCGGAGUUCCACUUCGCGGCGCUCUAUAUAAGCGGGCAGUGGCCGCGGCUGCGCGCAGACACUGACCUUCAGCGUCUCGGCUCCAUCGCCAUGGCGCCUUCCAGGAAGUUCUUCGUUGGGGGGAACUGGAAGAUGAACGGGCGGAAGCAGAAUCUGGGGGAGCUCAUCGGCACUCUGAACGCGGCCAAGGUGCCGGCAGACACCGAAGUGGUUUGUGCUCCCCCCACUGCCUAUAUCGACUUCGCCCGGCAGAAGCUAGAUCCCAAGAUUGCUGUGGCUGCACAGAACUGCUACAAAGUGACUAAUGGGGCCUUUACUGGGGAGAUCAGCCCUGGCAUGAUCAAAGACUGCGGAGCCACGUGGGUGGUCCUGGGGCACUCAGAGAGAAGGCAUGUCUUUGGGGAGUCAGAUGAGCUGAUUGGGCAGAAAGUGGCCCAUGCUCUGGCUGAGGGACUCGGAGUAAUCGCCUGUAUUGGGGAGAAGCUAGAUGAAAGGGAAGCUGGCAUCACUGAGAAGGUUGUUUUCGAGCAGACAAAGGUCAUCGCAGAUAAUGUGAAAGACUGGAGCAAGGUUGUCCUGGCCUAUGAGCCUGUGUGGGCCAUUGGUACUGGCAAGACUGCAACGCCCCAACAGGCCCAGGAAGUACACGAGAAGCUCCGAGGAUGGCUUAAGUCCAACGUCUCUGAAGCAGUGGCUCAGAGCACCCGUAUCAUUUAUGGAGGCUCUGUGACUGGGGCAACCUGCAAGGAGCUGGCCAGCCAGCCUGACGUGGAUGGCUUCCUUGUGGGUGGUGCUUCCCUCAAGCCCGAAUUCGUGGACAUCAUCAAUGCCAAACAAUGAGCCCCAUCCAUCUUCCCUACCCUUCCUGCCAAGCCAGGGACUAAGCAGCCCAGAAGCCCAGUCACUGCCCCUCCCCCGCACAUGCUUCUGAUGGUGUCGCCUGCUCCUUCCUGUGGCCUCAUCCAAAUUGUACCUUCCUUUACUAUCUUCACCCUGUAAUGGUUGGGACCAGCCCAAUCCCUUCUCCACUUGCUAUAAUGGUUGGAACUAAAUGUCACCAAGGUGGCUUCUCCUCGGCUGAGAGGUGGAAGGGGUGGGAUUUGCUCCUGGGUUCCCUAGGCCCUAGUGAGGGCAGGAAAGAAGCCAUCCUCUCCCUUCUUACACAGUGAGGCCAAGAUCCUCCCCUCAGAAGGCAGGAGUGCUGCCCUCUCCCAUGGUGCCCAUGCCUGUGUGCUGUGUACGUGAACCACCCACAUGUGACGGAAUAAACACCUGGCACUAGG